CACACAUAUAUAUAUACACACAUAUAUAUACACAUAUAUAUAUACACACACAUAUAUAUAUACACACACACACACACAUUUAGGAUAGAUAUAUAUUUAGGAUAUAUAGGAUAAAUAUAUAUAUUUAGUGCCAUGGUUUGGGUCAUGAGGAGGUUUGAUGACAUAAAAAUUAUGCUCAUAAGUAUUAUGCUGAGACCCAUUCUUGGGAGGAGAUGUGGGGGUGUCCUAGGCUGUGCAAAACAUAGCUAUGGAAACAGAAGUUAUUAAGAGAAAAGAACAAGCAGUCAGUGAGAAUUUAGAUAAGAGACUGUAAUAGAAUAAAAGUAUCAGAUUAGUGAAUGGUUGUCCUAGUAAUUUGGAAGAAAAGGAAUAAAAAAUGGAGUCAGACUACUAAAUGGCAAAAAUAAGGACUUGAAGAACUUAAUUUUAUACCUGAGCUUUGCUUUGAUUGAAAGUUGAGAAAUCUUGUGAUUUGUUGGUAUCAUCAUCUCAAAUCAACUUAUUUUUCAUCUCAACAUGAAGAAUAUCAGCUCUAGCCUUUUGGAAUUUCAGCAACUCAGGUGCUUGUUAGAACUUAUCCAGGACUGCUUGCAGGACCCAAAAUACUAAUAAUCCAUAUGCCUUUUUUUCCAGCUGAAAUUAGCUGUCUUAAGAGUUGUUUUUCAGUGCUCUGAGGAUAUCCACAAAUAUAUCCCAAGGCACUCUGAAGUGUGUUUUCAAUCUUUGGCCCUGCACAUUGGGGAUGCCCACUGGAUGUUGCAUGGAGUGUUGCCUCCAGUUGACUUUGAUAGACACAAUAAACACCACGUGAGAGCCCCCUCAUGAAGGAGGGCUGAGGACUUGGAGUCCAAUUCUCCACCUCCCCUGACAGAUAGGCUAUUCAAUGCCUUGGGAAUCCGACAUGAAGGACUGCUUAUAGCAGUCCUUGAAAACUUUCUACAGAAUGUGAACUGGGAGAAGCUAAAUGCUGUACUCACAAGCUGGGUGACUUCUCCAUUGAUUUUUACCAUAGCUCACUGAAACAUUUUCUAAAUUAAGAGGUAUAAAUUCACAGACAGAUCAGAAUAGAUCCUUGGUCCUUUCCAUUUUUCUGGCACUUUUGUUGCCAGGAAUUCAAAUACAACUAAGAGAAAAAGUGGGUAGCUAGCAAGAACAGAUAGUUUCUCAGAUAUUAGUGGCAGUAACCCAACUUUGAGAAAAUAUGGAGAAAGAGAAGAAAAAACCCUUAAGACUGCAGUGUUAGCUGCCCAGUUACAAUUAUUCACAAAGUGAGCAAAUACUUAUUUGGGCCACCAAUAAAUAAGAGGGCACAAGCUAACGGGAAAUUAAUACGUCACUCAUGUAAAAAGUCAACACAUUAGAAAAAGGAAUCUUGGAUGAGAUUGAGAAAGAUGCAAGGGAUAAAACCUGACAAGCUUUACAACCUCCUUGAGGAGGUCUUCCCUACUCUGUAAAAUCAGACAGAAAAUCAUUGGCAAAUGGAGCAAAGCAUGGGCAAAACUGAUAUAAUGAGGAAACAGAGCUGGGAAAGGAUAAAUUUAUGUGUCUGUUUCUUUUUCCUAUCUUUUAAUCCUUUUUUACCCUUUCUUCUGGAUACUGGAGCCACAUAUUCUGCAGUUUCUACAGGCCUUUUCUGUUUUAACCCAAACUAGGAAAAUAUCCAGAUAUAAGUAUUUCUGGACUAUCUGCUACCUCUUCUUUCUCCUCUGAGGUUUUCAUGCAAAUAGGCGAGGGCCUAUUUGCAUAAAAUAGGAAGAAUAUGCCUUGUCUCCUAAUAUGCCCAAUAAUCUUUUAAGAAAGGGCCUGCUGUGUAAACCAAGGGCUAUGAUCUUCUGUACUCUGAAGAGAGUGCUUUUGGAGCUUCUGGGAUGCAAGGUAUCUGCAUUGCUAAAUAUGUGCUUUCUGAAACAAAAGAUGGCUGUGGGAGAGUAGGAGUCUCACUCAAUGCUGGAGAAGCACUCCCAAGUUACAGAAAAUAAACCCAUAUCUAUGAGUCCUAGGAACAAAUGAUAAAGAUUUAACAAAAGAGAUCAAUACCAUUGUUGUAACUUACAACAGAGAAAAACCUUGGCCAUGUAUAGAACAUUUUCUCUAUUUUUACCUCAAAUAUGAUGUAAUUAGAAACAUUUUAAAAAACGUGGCAUAGUUAAAAAAAAUGGCACAUUCACUUCAUAAUGCUUCCAUAUUGCCUGUGGGAAAGUUAGGAAAACUUGACAGGGAAGGUCAAACUGUUUAUAGAUUUAUGCAUGAUCUUAGAGAAACAAGUUGUGAUUCCUCUGACACUUGUAAUUCCCAGUCUUGCCACUGUUUUAAUAUCUGUUCCUGAGUUAUCUAAGUAUUUUUCUGUCAUGGAUUUAUGUUCAAUGUUUUGUUCUCCAUGUUUAGCUGGGGAGUCGAGGUUCCUGUUUGAGUUUACCUGUGGAGCGGGAGGCUUUCAAUAUUUGUGGCAAUGGAUCUUCCUGGAAUUCAGAGAGUCACCUACUCCAUUCUCUGGGCAUUUAUAAGAAAAUAUAAAGAAUAUUCCUCACAUUAGGAUUCCAUACUAAUUGUUAUUGAUAGCUGCUAAUAACUUACAUGCUAGUAAAGAAGACAUUUUAGCUUUACUAAAUUUCUUAGACUCCCAGGACGUAAAACCUCGCUAGCUAAGUUGCAAUAUUACCAACUGAAGUAAAAUAUUUGGGAUCUGUGUUAUUGGCAGAUGGAAGGUGGUUGCAUCUUGAAGUCAGCCUAAUAUACAAAUGAAACAACAUGCCAAAAAAAAACUUCACCGAUUUUGAGGAUUAAUUGUAGAUCUUUGCGUUUUAUGAAAAGGCUAAGCCUCUCACUGAGAUGUUACAUGAAACAUCACUAGAACUCUUUAUUAAAGUCAAAAUAAGGCUGAAGAAGUCUUUUAUGCCCUUAAAAUAGCUGCUAUUUCUUCACUUGUAUUACUUUUUUAACCUUGUUAAAAAAGGAGUUCUACCUUUUCUGUCUUGAGAUUAAGGGUUACUCCAAAAUUAGGCCUUGAUUAUAGGCACAUUGCUUACUUUCCCGGGUUCUUGUAUUUUGUCUCUCUGGAAAUGCGAUGAUAUUUAUAAGGUACAGUGGCAACCACUCCCCUGAUUAAAAAGGCUCAUUCAGUCCUUGACUCUGAGAAAUUUAACUUACAGGUACUUCAUGUUGUUACUGCUAUUUUACAAGUUCAUAAGACACAACACUUGUCAGUAUGCUGUCAAACAAGCUAAGAACAAGUCUUAUUGUCUGAUCCUAAUGCUAUUCUAGGAAGGUGUAACCUUUUGACAGCUAUUCUGUGGCCAGAUCUUGACAGAAUAAGUUGAACUUGACUGUCUCAGAGUCAUUGAGGAAGACACUGGAGCAUGGUCUGAUUUUUCUAAUAUUCCUAUUCCCAAUGUUGACUGAAUAUUCAUCAAUAUAUUCUGUGUGAAAGACCCACAAAGGAAUAUAAAAGCAUCUUCUACGGUAAUCAACCCUCGUGAAGCUUAGAGGCUUCUGUUUUUCGAAACAUAAAAUCAGCCCAAGUGGCAGAAUUGUAGUUAUUAUACCAGCUGUUAAAUUAGCCACCAGUUAUAAAGCAGAUAUCUAUACUGGUAAUAACUAUAUGUUUGUGGUCUGUUAUGUGACUAGCCAACUUUGGAAGAAUAGAUGCUAACGUCAAUAGGAACUAAAAUAUUACAUGAGAAGCUAAUUUCUGAUUUAGUAGAGUCAUUCAAACUUCUCUAACAGAUUUAUGUAAUUUAUUGUAGAGCUCACAGUGGAAAACAAGAUUAACUCUUUAAAAAGAAAUUAAUUUGCAGACCUAGCUGUGAAGGGCUUCUGAGGUUUAGACUGGGGAAAUCAAACCCCUAUCACUUCUGUCCAAAACCUCCUAUUCAUAAUUUCAGAAAUAGCCAACUCUCUUAAGAAUUAGAAAAUUAGGAAUGAAGGACAACUAAGAUGAACACCAUAGGAAAAUGAGAAUUACAUAAUGAAAUCUUUCCUUUAUUCCGAUUGUUAUAUGAUUGAGUGGCUUUUUCAUGCCACCAACAAGUUCGUUCAAGCAAAAGGAAUAUGCUGACAAUUUGAAAUCUUUGUAAUAGCAUCAUAUAAUUCAGGAAAUAAUAUGAAGAUAUGCUCUUUGUCAGAAAAAUUCUUUCCUUACCUAAAAUAAGUCAAGAAAGCCUACUAAGGCCCAUGAUACCUAGGAUCUGCUGGCACAAGAACUUUAUAGAACUUCCACCUUUAGAAGAUAGUAAAUAUUUUUACCAGUGUUGUGUAUUGGUGUCUGGAUAGGCUAAAGCAGAUGCUCAAACAGUGAUCAAGCUCUUACUGAAUCAUAUCAUCUCAACCACUGGAAUUCCUGAAUAUCUGGAAUUCAGUAGGGGAAUCAUUCUGUAUCUGUGGGAAUUCGGGAGUUUUGUAAUACUCCACAAAUACCAAUAAUUUACCUACCUGUUAUCCCCAGUCUUCUGAACAAGUGGAAUGAGUGAACCACAUACCCUAAAGAAUUAUUUAGCUGAAUUAUUUAGCUAAGUUAUGUAAAACCUUACCAUCCGUUUCAUUUAAAAUAAGAUUAAAUCCCUCUAGCAAGCCCAACAUUACUCCCUUUGAGUUUGGAAGGUCUACAAAUCUUGGGCUUAAGCCUAACCCUUUCUCUGAUACAAUGGAAAAUCCUCAUGACCAUAUAUGAUACUUAAAGAGUUUGUGGGUUUCCCUAGGCUCACCUUGCCAACAUGUGGCCAGAUGCUGAAAAAGUCCCCUGGGGAAGUGUGUCAUUGAUAUUGAACAGGAGAUUCAGUCUAUAUCAAAGUGUUCUGAUGACAGACUGUGACCACACGGGACAGAACCCUAUCAAGUGUGGUUGAGAAUUCAUAGUGCUAUCAAGAUGAAGGAGAAACCCAAGUGGAUACACGCUUCACAUGUGAGACCAACAUCCACCAUCGAGUGGGGUAUAAUUCCCAUUUAGAACCUUAAGGAUAAAUUCUCUAGAUAGUAACCUUGAAUAAUAUGCAAGCUAAAGAGAAAAACUUAUUUGAUAGACAGCAGGAGAGAUAGACUGUUUUGUUAUUAAUACGUUCUUCUUAAUUAUUUUGACCAUUAUAAUUUUGAUACUUAGUUUGUAUUAAUUUUGAUACUUCAUUUGUAUCAAUUGAACAUAAAGCUUAUUAUUAGUCUUUCUUUUAAAAGUUAGUAUCUCAACCUCAAGGAAUUUUGUGGUAAUUAAAAAUUGUCCUGAAUAUGAGAUCAGGACUUAAGAAACCCCUUUCUUUGUCAUAAUACUUCAAACUCACCAACUGGAUGAUUUAAAUUCAGAAGACAUGAAAAAUUUCAAAUCUUCCCACUGAUUAGUCAAUAUUACAAAAAUCUUAAAUAUCACCACCCUUUGUGUUAUUGAAGAUACCGAUGAGAAGAAAUUUUUAACUAAUUAAGUUGAACGUAAUUAUAUUCAAAUUGAAAGUCCCUGAAGGGUAUCACAAAACUCCAACAACUCUGUAUCUUUUUUUUUUUUUGAGCAGAGUUUCACCUUAUUGCCCAGGCUAGAGUGCAAUGGCACGAUCUUGGCUCACCACAACCUCUGCCUCCCAGGUUCAAGCGAUUCUCCUGCCUCAGCCUCCUGAGUAGCUGGGAUUAUAGACAUGCACCACCAUGCCUGGCUAAUUUUGUAUUUUUUGUAGAGAUGGGAUUUCUCCAUGUUGGUCAGGAUGGUCUCAAACUUCCAACCUUAGGUGAUCCACCCGCCUUUGACUCCCAAAGUGCUGGGAUUACAGGUGUAAGCCACCACGCCCGGCCCAACUCUAGAUCUUAAAUAGCCAUGGGGGUCCAAUUUAAUAAAGCUUAAAUAGACACACAGAUGAGAAAAUAUCCCAGCCCAAAUGGUGAGGGUUAGUUUCUUCAAAACCCCCAAAACGUAUCAUCACCUAAAAAUGAGCUUACCCUGUUUAGAACCUGGCAGUCUCCAGUCCCCAUACUUACAAACUCGAGGAUAAUUAAAUGGUCUGUAUCAUUUAAUAUUACAAUAGCUAAUGUGAGUAAACUGAAUUCUACUUGUACAUGAUAGGCUUUACCACUACGAAAUGUUUUUACACAGGGACUAAAAUGGCACUAUGAUCAAACUGAAAGAGAUUUCUUUUUUUAAUAGAUGGGGUCUGGCUUUGUUGCCUACACUGGAGUGCAGUAGCACAAUCAUAGCUCUCUAUCGCCUGUAACUCCUGGGCUCAAGGGCUUCCUCCGUCUCAGCUUCCUGAGUAGAUGGGACUACAGGGACAUGCCACCAUGCCUGCCUAUUUUUUCUUGUAGAGUCAGGGUCUUGCUCAGGCUGGUUUCGAACUUCUGGCCUCAAGUGAUCCUGCUGCCUCGGCCUUCCGAAGCACUGGGUUUGCAGACAUAAGCCACCAUACCUGGCCAGAGAUUAUUAAAUACAGUAUUAGGGGGAAUAAAACUAGGACUACAAUUGUAAACUCUUCUGAUAUAGAAACAAUUACUGAUAAACAGUGCAUUGGACAAUUUGCAGAAAGAUGCAAACAUGAUAGAAUCAAAAUCUAAACAAGAUAUGACAAAGAAAAACAAAAAUGGAAUUGGGAAAGCAUUUGGAAUUGGACAUCUGGUAAUAAAAUUCUAUUGCAAAAAAAUAUAUAGUAAAGAAUUUUCAGAAGCCUUCACUUGCAUUAGUGCACAACCACUGGUUAUUCAACAACUACAAUGUAUACUUGCUGGUACUGAAGUACAAGAUUAUACCUACUCAGACAAACAAUUAGGUAUUGGACAUACUACUGUCUAUGUAGAGAUUAAGUGAUAGUGUAAAAAGGUUGAUCAUAUUAUAGAUAAAAGAGCUGAAAUCUGGCAUUGCAGAUUGAAAUUUCUGAAAACUGAAAUAAUAAAACUAAUUUCACUAAAGUAUGUACAUUUUCUUAUUUACAUAGUUUAUAAUGUGUUAUAUAAUUCAUGAAUCUUCAAAAGAAAUAUAUUGAGCUAUUCAAUAAAAAUUUACAUUACAGCUUUAGGCCACCAAGCCCCAUCUAUUGAUUAUGUACUUGGUGUAAAUUGGGGGGGGGGAACAAAACAAGAGUGAAAACUGAGCCUCAAAAUACAAAGCAUGUAGCAAAACAGACUACUAAAAUUAUUCUCAAUUUCUAAGCCCAUUAUAUGAUGCAGGAGAAUUCUUAUGUGUAGGUAAUAAAGAAUCUGUUCAAAUAUGCAUCAGUGGUAUGACAGUUUCAAAUAGCCCACUGAACUAGGAAAUAUUCACCACCAAGGAGGUCAGGUAUACUGAUUUGGUCAACCUGGAUAUUGACAUGGGAUGUUCUUACGGAUUGACAGCUCCACUUGAUGCUAUCCUAUCACAAAAUAUUAUUACCUGAUGUUGAUAUAAUUAACAAGUCAAUACAAAAAGUAAGGUCCCUCUACAAGACAAGACUAACAUCUCUGUAAUAUAAAUGGGACUCUGAGUGUAAUAGAUUUAGGGUUUCUGCAAGAAUUUUGAAAGUUAAGGAUCCAACGCCUGUAAUCCCAGCAUUUUGGGAGGCCGAGACGGGUGGAUCACGAGGUCAAGAGAUUGAGACCAUCCUGGCCAACAUGGUGAAACCCCGUCUCUACUAAAAAUACACACACACAAAAAAAUAGCUGGACAUGGUGGCACAUACCUGUAAUCCCCGCUACUCGGGAGGCUGAGGCAGGAGAAUCGCUUGAACCAGGGAGGCAGAGGUUGCAGUGAGCCGAGAUCGUGCCACUGCACUCUGGCCUGGCAACAGAGCGAGACUCUGUCUCAAAAAAAAAAAGGAAAGAAAAAGAAAAAGUUAAGGAUCCUACCAACAAAAUUGGAAUAUGAGACUGAGGAAAUUCCUAUUCCAGCUAAACCCAGAAUUGAUUAUGUUGAUGAACACAUGAAUUUCAUGUGUGUGAAAACAUAUGAACUCCUCAUUGUCAGUCUAAUGAGAGUGAAAACAACACAUCGAAGAUGCGGGGAGAUGACAAUACAGAGUGGGCUCAUAACUGCAUUCUAGAUACUGGGAUUACUUUCCAUUAAGGUAUAUAAUUUUAGAAUAUCUCACAAAUAGCCCAUGCAAAAUCCUGCUGAAAGGCAACCAUAAAUAUAGAGAGAAUAUGUAAAAAAGUGACAUGGUCUAGUAUAUGCCAUACAAGGCAAGGGUAUAUAAAAACCUCAAGGUCCCAGUAUGACAAAUCAUGCUUGUAUUGCACACCCAUUAAAAAGUCUUCUAAAAAAUUUUUUUUAAUGGUGAGCAGGCAGGUUUAUUCAGAAAAAGCUCAGAUUCAUACUUGUAAAAGUCUGAGAAAAGCAUUAAAAUGCUAUUACGAUACAGUUGACCCAAACAACACAGGUUUGAGCUGUGCAGGUCCACUUAUCUGUGGAUUUUCUUCUACCUCUGCCACUGGGACAGAAAGACCAACUCCUCCUGCUCCUCAGACUACUCAGCAUAAAGAUGAGGAUGAAGACCUUUAGGAUGAUUCACUUCGUCCUAAUGAAUGGUGAAUGUAUUACUUCCUUAAUUACUUCUUUUUUCUCUAGCUUCUUGUAAGAAUACAGUAUAUAAUAUAUGCAACACAAAAAAUAUGUGUUAAUCAACUGCUUUAUGUUAUCAGUAAGGCUUCCAGUCAAUGGUAGACUAACUACUAAUUAAGUUUUUGGGGAGUCAAGUUAUAUGCAGAUUCUCCACUGAGCAAAUGUUCAGCACUCUUAACUCCUGUGGUGUUCAAGGGUCAACUGUAUAUAUGUUUAAGAGUUAUUGUUUACCCAGUAGAUCAAGCCAAGACCAAGUUAGGUUUAUGUGUUUUUGGCUUAACCUAAGAAAAUGUUCAGACUAAAGCAGUCCAUCAAGAGAACAGACUGCCUUUUAAACCAGGGAACAACUUGUCUUUGUAGGUAUUUUAAGUAUAUGAAUGACCAUAUGUGAUCUGCUUUGGGUCAUCUAUGGUCCCUUCCAACUUAAAACUUCUCUAUUCAUGAACAUUGCAUAACUGAAUUGUGGAUUUCAUAUAAAUAAUAUCUUGUUGCCUACUUUAGGUUUGAAAUGUUUUCCUUCUCAGUUGCAUAGAUAUGUAUAGCACCAUCCCCACUAUGAACUCUCAUGUAGAAAAUACCAGAUUCUAAAAUCAUCUGUGAGGCUAAAUAGACCUAGGCACUUCCACAUAAUGCUGCAAAAAGCAACAGCUUAAAGGUAUUACUUGCUCAACAUGUCAUUCCAAACACAUACACUGUGAUUAGCAGCUGAAUUUAACAGUAUCUUUCCACUUUGAAAAACACUUUAUAUACCUUUACAAAGAAGCCAUAGUAUCUCAGGGUAGAAAAACUCAACAGGUAGAAAACAUGGCCUUCUCUUAGAAAUGAGCUAUGUAAUUUUGAGUACUUAUCUCAAAAUCAUUGCAGAAACAUAUCUAGUGCUUAUGGAAAAAGAAUCAAAAGAUCUUUUUUUUAGCUAAAGAUUUUGAGUUUUUCUUGUGACAUUUAAGUCUUUUAAUGUAUGCUGAGUUUUAUGAUUAUCUAACUGUUUUAUAAUGGUUAUUCUUGCCUCCAUGAAAGGGAAGACUAGAACAAAAACCUGACAAGAACAAGUUCUAGCUCCAUCAUCGACUUACUGAGUGACCCUAGGCAAAUCAUGUGGGCUCUUUCUUGUGUUUUAAGUUUUACCUCCAAUGAAGUAACUGCCUCAGACUAGCUGUGAAGCUCUCAUAAAGUGAUGGAUUUGAAAUUGCCUUGCAAAGUAUGAGCAGUUAAUACAUAGAAAGUUUCAUGUACUUCCGUAUAUUGCAUGAUGCCCACCCAGGGUUAGGUUGAUAACAGUUGUUGAUCCAAUAAUGAAAGAAAUAAAAAAGAACUCUUUAAAAUAAUGAAGUAAAAUAGCUAAUUUUCCUGUUGUAGUUUUAAAAAUUAUAUAAACUAUAUAACUAAACAUAUUUAUGUUUAUUAUAUAUAAUAUGAUAUGCAAUUACAUAAGACAUUAUUAUAUAAUGUUUUUAUAUAAUGCUUAAGUAAUUAAACAAUUAUAUUUAAAUAUAAGUUAUACUUUCCUUCCCCAGAUAAGACAAAGAACCUGUUUACUUCUCUGAGGGAUUUAUUGGUUCCUGUGAAAUCUGUGGAGGCCGCUAACACUCCAUAGCCAGAGAAUGACAACAUAUGAUUUUCUUUUCAGUCUUGUAGUAUCCACAGUAGUGAUGUCUGUCCAUGUACAAGUGUCUGUCCAGAACAUCCAUUAAAUUCCAUGCCUGCUCUGUGUGUCAUGGGGGCAGGGACAGAAGACAGAUUCACUGGUGGUACUUUCAAACAAUGUGGUAGGCCUUCCCUUUGGGGUCUGCCAUGACGAUGAUGCUGAUGAUGCCAUGAUGAUGAUGCCUCAGCGGCAAUGCUGAGGCCCAUGACCAUCUUCAUAAUGGUCCAUGGACCCGGGGGGUAUCCCAUCUUCAUGGGCUUCCGUGCCACCCAGUACACAUACCCGCCCGCCCCCAUCAGCCGCAACCCAGAAAGCACGUGACAGCUCCAGCAGGUCUUCAACAGGUGGUGUUCUGCUGGUGAGGUCGGCGAUCCGGGUGUAGCUGGGGGUGCAGGCUUGGCAGGCACGGCGGCGGUAUCGGGAGGCAUAGCGAUCUUGAGGGACUCAAAAGGCUGGGACAACUGAGACCCCGUGUUCUGGAACUCGGCCUCUCUAAAAAUUAUGUUUUAAAAAAUACAUAGAAUCGGUAAGAUGAGGAAAAAGCAUAAAACGGUCAAAAACACUGGGAUAAUUCAAGGUUCAUUUUGACAAUGGUAAUACAAAUUGAAAAACUGACAGAAAAUACAUCUUACAUUAGAAAACAUACAAGAGUAGUUGUAUACAAACGAAGACACGUACCAAAAAUGUUACAAAAUAUGAAUGCAUAUACAUAAAAAAAUGUAGUUUGAAACAAUUCAAAAGUAAAAUGAUGCAAGACAUUAAAAUAUUCACAAACACGCUCGAAAAAUAAGAGCUGACGCCCAAAUUAGACCAGUUCAACGGAAGUGUGGGGUGUGGUUGGGGAUCCGCCGCAGAAAUCACGUGGCGCCCAGGCCAAGGCUGCAAUUUCCCAUGCCGCUUGGAGAAGACGCCUGGGAGGGCUCCCACCAUGCCCAGGGGCAGGCUAUGUGACUGCCCGGUCUGCAGCUGUAAGUGGUUUCUGGGCCAGUCUCUUUGUCUGGUCAUGACCUGGUUGGUGGCCCUAGCUUGUGCCGAGUGGUCCCGGAGUGGCCCAGGGGGUUGUGUGUGGGGAGCCAGCGUGGGCAGCGGAGGUGCUCCCUGGGGCCUGCAGUAGGGCACAGCCUCUGCAUCUUGUGUGAGCCCAGUGACCCGCCUGUCCUGUCCUUCCAGGGUUGGGUGGCGGGGAGGGCCAAGGGUGUGCCCUGCGUCCGUGACGGGUCAGCGUUUCCAGCAAAUGGGUCCAUGGAGGGAGAGCAUACCUGAGCCGGCGGGCUCUACCACCUUCAUGAGGUUCUGUUUGGACACCUGUCCUACUCCUGUUCCCCCAGAUGGUGACCACGGAGGAAGACUUGUGUUGGGCCCAGUGGCCCUCGGCCAGUGUCCGUCUGCCAGGUGCUAGCCCCCGGUGCGCUGAAGCUCAGGCCGUUCCUGGUGCCCUGGCCUCCUGCCCUGAGCUGUGUGAGCUCUUCUGCCCAGGCAGGCCCCCUGGCAUUGACCGGCAUAGACAGUGAGCCUGGAGGAAGACUUGCCUUGGUCCCACUGUCCCUGGGCCAGUGUCCAUCAGCCAGGUGCCCAGACCCCAGUGCGCUGAAGCUCAGCCCGCCCUGGCACUCUGGUCUCCUGUACUGAGCUGUGGUGAGCACAUCCAGGUCCUGCUGGAUGUUUGCAUGGGGAGGGGCUUUCCCCGGGUUGGGUCGAUGAUGAGAAGCUUCUGUUUUCUUGAAGAGAGGUGAUGACUUAAAAAUCAUACUCAAUAGGAUUAUGCUGAGGCCCAGCCUAGGUGAGAAUUUUGGGAGAGGAUGCUGGGAUCCCCGGCAGGAGGGAUUUUGGGCUGGAGACCUGGAGGCCCUGAAGGGUAUCUGCAGGGGCCCCAACCCUGUCUCUGCACUUGUCUGUGAGGCAGCCCAGUUUCCCUGUGUGGGCUUCGUGUCAGUGCUCUGGUUCCCUGGAGCAGGGCACGUGGGUGGCUCAUCCCUGAAGUCACGUUCUCCCUUUGUGUCUUUCAGUGAGCUCUUCCGCCCAUGAGGGCCCCCUGGCCUUGAGCAGCAUAGGUGAGCGGAUCCUGCUGGGCUCAUGGACCAGGCCACAUGGGGUCACUGAGGGUCAGCCUUCAGGACAGGAGGGAUUCCUCAGGGAGACAACCUGAAUCCCCACUGGUGAGGGAUUGGUUCUCCAGGAGAGCCGCCUCCUUGGGAAUCUGACCCAAGGAGGACACCUUCCCUGAAGCCCUGCAGGAGUGACAGUGGUCCAGGCAGGAAAGGGUUCCAUUAGUCCCAUGCAGGGCAGCUCCCAGCUGAGACUUGGUGCUAGGGUCUGGCCUCGAGGACUGCCCAGGCCACAUGAGGCAGGGUCCCAGGCUGCUAUUUCCAGUGCAUGCUUGGAGAGGGAGCCUGGGUAGGCCCCCUCCCUGUGCAGGGGCAGGCUGUGCAUCUGCUGGGGCUGCAGCGGUGCCUGCCUUCAGGACCAGCCUCCUUGGUUGGCCUGAGCUGGAUAGUGGCCUUGGCCCCACCCAGGGGUCACGGUGCAGCCCAGGAAUUGCAGGGGAGUUGGCAUGGGGAGUGGAGGUGCUCCAGGGUCUUGCAGUAGGGCACAGCCUGGGCAUCUUGCUGGAGCCCAGUGACCAGCCUGCCCUGUUUUCCAGGGUUCAGUGGCAGGGAGGACCAAGGGUCCCCCACGUCCAUGACUAUCACUGUUUCACAUGGAUCCCAUCAGGUGGGUCCAUGGAGGGAGAGCAUGUGUGAGUCAGCACCCCCUGCCUCCUUUCCCACAUGGAGGCAUGAGGUUCUGUUUGGACACUUUUCCCUGUCUCUCCAGAUGGUGACCCUGAAGGAGGACUUGUGUUGGGCCCAAUGGCCUGGGGCCAGUGUCUGUCAGCCAGGUGCCCAGCCCCUGGCGCGCUGAAGUUUGGGCCCUUCCUGGUGCCCUGUUCUAUCGGGGGAACCCGCCCCCAAUAAUUCAACGUAGGUCCUUUUCUAUUUUCCCUAAGUGUCGGCCGGUCUGAGAAAUAAAGGGAAAGAGUACAAAAGAAAGAAAUUUUAAAGCUGGGUGUCCGGGGGAGACAUCACAUGUCGGCAGGUUCCAUGAUGCCACCCAAGCUGCAAAACCAGCAAGUUUUUAUUAGUGAUUUUCAAAGGGGAGGGAGUGUACAAAUAGGGUGUGGGUCACAGAAAUCACAUGCUUCACAAGGCAAUAAAAUAUCACAAGGCAAAUGGGGGCAGAGCACCGGGGCCAAAUUGAAAUUGCUAAUGAAGUUUCGGGCACACAUUGUCAUUGAUAACAUCUUAUCAGGAGACAGGGUUUGAGAGCAGACAACCGGUCUGGCCAAAAUUUAUUAGGCAGGAAUUUCCUCGUCCUAAUAGGCCUAGGAGCGCUUCGGGAGACCGGGGCUUAUUUCAUCCCUUAUCUUCAACUGUAUAAGACAGACAUUCCCAGAGCGGCCAUUUUAGAGACCUCCCCCUAGGAAGGCAUUCUCUUUCUCAGGGUUGUUCCUUGCUGAGAAAAAUAAUUCAGCAAUAUUUCUCCUAUUCGCUUUUGUAAGAAGAGAAAUAUGGCUCUGUUCCGCCCGGCUCUCAGGCAGUCAGGCCUGACGGUUGUCUCCCUUGUUCCCUGAACAUCGCUGUUAUCCUGUUCUUUUUUCAAGGUGCCCAGAUUUCAUAUUGUUUAAACACACAUGUUUUACGAACAAUUUGUGCAGUGAACGCAAUCAUCACAGGGUCCUGAGGCGAAAUACAUCCUCAGCUUACGAAGAUGACGGGAUUAAGAGAUUAAAGUAAAGACAGGCAUAGGAAAUAAUAAGAGUAUUGAUUUGGGAAGUGAUAAAUGUCCAUGAAAUCUUCACAAUUUGUGUUCUUCUGCCAUGGCUUCAGCAGGUCCCUCCGUUUGGGGUCCCUGACUUCCCUCAACACUGGUCUCUUCCACUGAGCCUUAGUGAGCCCAUCUAGGUCCUGCUGGAUGCAUGUGUGGGGAGGGGGGUGCCCUGGGUUGGGUCAAUGAUGAGAACCUUAUAUUGUCCUGAAGAGAGGUGAUGACUUAAAAAUCAUGCUUAGUAGGAUUACGCUGAGGCCUAGCCUAGGUGAGAAUGUUGGAAGAGGAUACUAGAUGCUGAGGUCCCUGGCUGAGCUACUGUAUUUUGGGAUGGAGAUCUGGUGACUCUAAGGGCACCUGAAGGGCCAGACCCUGUCUCUAUGCUCCUCCAUGAGGCAGCCCAGGCUCCCUGUGCAGGCUUGCUGUUGGCACUCUGGUUCCCUGGGGUGGGACAUAUUGGUGGCUCCUCCCUGAACCCUGUUCUCCCCUUGUGUCUUUCAGUGAGCUCUUCCACCAAGGAGGGCCCCCUGGCAUUGACUGGCAUAGUGUUCAGUGGCGGAGAGAGCAUCGGGUGCCCUGCAUCCAUGACGGGCAAGUAUUCCACAUGGAUCUCAUCACAUGGGUCCAUGGAAGUGAGCUCUUCCCCCCAGCAGACCCCUGGGAUUGACGAGCAUAGAUGGUGACUGUGGAAGAAGACUUGCUUUGGGACCGCUGGCCCCAGGCCAGUGGUUGUCAUCCAGGUGCCCAGCCCUUGGUGCACUUGAGCUCAAGCCCUUCCUGGUGCCCUGGCCUCCUGCCCUAAGCUGUGCGAGCUCUUCUGCCCAGGGGGACCCCUGGCCUUAAGUGGGAUAGGUAAGUGGAUCCUGCUGGGGUCGUGGACCAUGAGCCAGGUCGCUUUGGGUCACUGAGAGUCACCCUUCAGGCCACGAGGGAUUCCUCAGGGAGCCCAUCUGAAACCCACCAGGGACGGAUGGUUUCUCCAGGAGGACAGCUUCCUUGGAAGUCGGUCCCAAGAAGGAUGCCUUCCCUGAAGCCAUGCAGAGAUGAUGGACGUCCAAGCAGGAAGGGCUUCCUUCAACUCAACGCAGUGCACAUCCUAGCUGAGACUCAGUGCACAAGUCAGGCCUGGAGGACUUCCCAGGCCACAUGAGGGGGUCCACAGGGUCUCCGGGGGCCACGGGUGUUAUGAGGGUGCUCUCUGUCCCCGAGGCUUGCAGAGGGGCAGGGUGUGGGUGAUCGGACUUAUGGAGUCAGGCUGUGAAGAUUCAAGGAUUGGGCCCAACCCAUGGCCCAGCAUGGACCGAACCUGUAGAGCAAUGGGCCAUCCCGGUGGUGCAUCCUUGAGCCUUGUGGGGGCGGUGUGGCCUUAGUGGGGUUGGGUCAAGCCUGACCUCUGGCCUUCACCUGGUGGUGCUGCAGGUUGGCCCUGGGAAUUUGGGCUUUCGGCCAAGGGUGCAGUCUGUGUCCCGCUAAAGGUCACCCCUCCCCAAAGUGGAGUGGCCAGAAGGAUGGCAUCUUGUGGUAGAAGUCCCACUGUCAAGGGUCCUGUCCUGGCAAUUUGUUGCCCAGGCUGCUUCUAAGCCAUGGGUUCACCUCCAGAGUGGCGGGGUCUUGAGCCGAAGGAAAGGGGAAGAAAUCAUGUGUUCCCUGAUUGACUGAGCAUGGCCUGGCUCUGCGUUUGGAGGUGUGCGGUGCACGAAUGGGGACCCAUCAGAGAAGGCAUGUGGCCCUGGGGCUCCAGGAUUUGAUUUCUGGUGUGAGCUUUUAAAGGGGGUCUGUAGUGGCACGUAGCAUUCAGGUCAGCCUACUUGGUUUGCUCUGAGCUUGUUGGUGGUCCUGGCCCUGCCCAGUGGUCCCAUUGUGGCAUAGACUCAUGUGGGGGAGCUGUGGCAAGGAGGACCAAGGGUUCCCCACAUUCAUGAUCAUCACUGUUUACAUGGAUCCCAUCUCUUGAGUCCAUGGAGGGAAAGCAUGUGUGAGCCAGCACCCCCUGCCCACUUUCCUGCAUGGAGGCAUGAGGCUGUAUUUCUAUACGUGUCCCCCACCCCUCCAGAUGGUGACCCCAGAGGAAGACGUGCAUUGGGUCCGCUGGCCCCAGGCCAGUGUCUCUCAGCCAUGUGCUCAACACCUGGUGAGCUGAAGCUCAGGGCCUUCCUGGCAUCCUGGUCUCCUGCACUGAGCUGUGGUGAGCACAUCUGGGUUCCUCUGGAUACGUGUGCAGGAAGGGGGAUGCACUGGGUUGGGUCAAUGAUGAGAACCUUAUAUUGUCCUGAAGAGAGGUGAUGACUUAAAAAUCAUGCUCAAUAGGAUUACGCUGAGGCCCAGCCUAGGUGAGAAUUUUGGAAGAGGAUGCUGGGAUCCCAAGUUCCCCAGCAUGGCCACUGUAUUUUAGGCAGGAGACCUUGAGGCUCUGAACGGCGUCUCCGGGGGGCACAACCCUGGCUCUGGGCUCCUCUGUGAGGCAGCCCAAGUUCCCUGUGCAGGCUUGGGCUCUGGUUCCCUGAGCCCCCAUUCUCCCUUGUGUGUUUCAGUGAGCUCGUCCUCCUAGGUGGGGCCCCCAGGCAUUGACCGGCAUAGGUGAGUGGUCCUGCUGGGGUCAUGGGUCAUCAGCAGGUUGGAGUCACCAAGGGUCAGCCUUUGAGACAGGAGGGUUUCCACAGGCAGCCGACCUGAAUCCACACCAUGGAGGGAUAGAUUGGUCCUCCAAGAGGGCUGUUUUUUUUCGGAAUCAGACCCAAGGAGGAUACCUUCCCUGCAGCCCUGCGGGGAUGACGGUGGUCCAGGCAGGGAAGGGUUCCUUCAGUCUCACGCAGGUCAGCUCCCAGCUGAGUCUCAGUGCAUUGGUCUGGCCUCCAGGACUGACCAGGCCACGUGAGGGGGGCAACAGGGGCUUCGGGAUGCAGUGGGGUCACAAAGGAUCUCUCCAUCCCCAGAGAAAGGUGGGCAUAGAACCCAUGGAUUCGAGCUGCAGAGAUUCAAGAAUCGCACACGAAUUAUUGCCCUGAAUGGGACCGACCCUGUUGAGCAAUGUCCCAUCCCAGGGCACCUCUUUGAGCCUGAAGGGGGUGGUGCUGUUUCCCUAGGUUUGGGUCAAGGCUGAGCUCUGGCCAGUGCCUGGUGGUGCUAUAGUCCUGUCAUGGACUCGUUAGCUUUACGCCAAGGGGUCAGCCCACGUCCUACUGGGGAUCUCCCCUUCCCUGUGGCUGGAAGUCACCCCUUCCCCAUUGGCAAGUGUCAGGAAGGGUGACCUCCUGAGGUGGAAGGCCUGUUGAGGGUCUUGUCCCUGGAAUAUGGCACCCAUGCUGCUUCUGAGCCAUGGGGUCACCUCCAGGGUAGCGGGUCUUGGGCCCAAGGAAAGGAGAAGUCACCAUGUGUCCCCCGAUUAGCCAAGUGCGGCCCUGCUCUGUGCUUAGGAGGUGUGUGGGGCAUGGAUGUGGACCCACCAGAGAAAGCAUGUGGCCCAGGGACCCCAGGUUGCAAUUUCUAGGACAUGCUGGGAUAGGGCACCUGUGUGGGUGCCCACAGUGCACAGGGAUAGGCUAUGUGACUUGCAGGUCUGCAGCGGCAUCUGGCAUCCAGGCCAGCCUCCUUGGUGGGCCGUGAACUGAAUGGUGGCGCUGGCCUGUGCCCAGUAGAUCUGGUAUGACCCUGGGGUCGUGUGGGGGAGCCGGCAUGGGCAGUGGAGGUGCUUAUGGGACCUGUAGUAGGACACAGUCGGGGCUUCUUGCCCAAGCCCAGUGACCCACUUGCCCUGUCCUUCCAGGGUUCGGUGGCUGAGAGAGCUUUUGUUGCCCUGUGUCCAUGACGGGCCAGUGUUCUACAUGCAUCCCAUCACAUGGAUCCAUGGAGGGUGAGCAUCCCUGGGAUGACACACCCCACCUUCUGCCCCCAUGGAGGGGUGAGGUUGUGUUUUCACACCUGUCUUACUCCUGUUUCCCCAGAUGUUGAGCCCAGAGGAAGACUUGCACUGGGCCCAAUGGCCCCAGGUCAGCGUCCGUCAGCCAGGUGUCCAGCCCCUGGUGCACUGAAGAUCGGGCCCUUCCUGGUGCCCUGGUCUCCUGCAUUGAGCUGUGUGAGCUCUUCCACAUGGAGGACACCUGUCAUUGACUGGCAUAGGGUUCAGUGGCGGAGAGAGCAUCAGGUGGCCCACGUCUGUGAUGGGCCAGGAUUCCACAUGGAUCUCAUCACAUGGGUCCAUGGAAGGCGAGCAUCCCUGAGCUGGCACACCCCACCUUCUGCCAGCAUGGAGGGUGAACUCGUUCGCCCAGGAGGACCCCUGGCCUUGAGCAGCAUAGAUGGUGAGCACAGAGGAAGAAUUGCGUUAGGCCCUUUGGCCCCGGACCAGUGUCUGUCAGCCACGUGCUCAGCCUCCCGUGCGCUAAAGCUCAGGUCCUUCCUGUCAUCCUGGUAUCCUGCACUGAGGUGUGUGAGCUCUUCCCCCAAGCAGGCCCCCUGGGAUUGACUGGCAAAGAUGGUGUCUGUGGAGGAAGACUUGCCUUUGGGUUGCUGGCCCCAGGCCAGUGGUUGUCAUCCAGGUGCCCAGCCUUGGUGCACUGAAGCUCAGGCCCUUCCUGGUGCUCUGGUCUCCUGCACUGAGCUGUGUGAACUCUUCUGCCCAGGCGAGCCCCUGGCCUUGAGCGGGAUAGAUGGUGAGCCCCGAGGAAGAAUUGCUUUGGGCCUCCUGGCCCUGGGCCAGUGUCCAUCAGCCAGGCGCCCAGCCCCCGGUGCACUGAAGCUCAGGCCCUCCUGGUGCCCUGGUCUCCUGCACUGAGCUGUGUGAGCUCUUCUGUCCAGCAGACCCCCUGGCAUUGACCAGCAUAGGGGUCUGGGGUGUGGAUGAGGACCCACCAGACAAAGCACGUGGCCCUGGGCCCCAGGCUGUGAUUUCUGAUGGUGACCCCAGAGGAAGACUUGCAUUGUGCCCACUGGCCCCAGGCCAGUGGCCGUCAGACAGUUGCCCAGCCCCUGGUGAGCUGAAGCUCAGCCCCUACUGGCACCCUGGUCUCCUGGAUUGAGCUUGUGACCUCUUUUGCCCGGCAGACCCCCUGGCAUUGACCAGCAUAGAUGGUGAGACUGGAAGAAAACUUUCAUUAGGCCCGCUGUCCCGGGGUGAGUGGUCAUCAGUCAGGUGCCCAGCCCUUGGUGUGGUGAAGCUCAGGCUCUUCCUGGCGCCCUGCUCUCCUGCACGGAGCUGUGUGAGCUCUUCUACCCAGGCGGGCCCCUGCCCUUGAGCGGCAUAGAUGGUGACCCCAGAGGAAGACUUGCAUUGGGCCCACUGGCUCUGGGCUCAGCCUCUGGUGAGCUGAAGCUCAGGCCCUUCCUGGCACCCUGGUCUGCUGCACUGAGCUGCGUGAGCUCUUCCACCCAGGUGCAACCCCCUGGCAUUGACCAGCAUAGGUAUUGAGCCUGGAGGAAGACUUGAAUUGGUCCCAAUGGUCCCAGGCCAGCAUCCAUCAGCUAGGAGCUGAACCCCUGGUGCACUGAAGAUUGGGCACUUCCUGGCACCCUGGUGUGCUGCACCGAGCUGUGAUGAGCACAUCCGGGUCCUGCUGGAUGCAUGCGCCGGGAAGGACGUGCCCUGAGUUGGGUCGAUGAUGAGAACCUUAUAUUGUCCUGAAGAGAGGUGAUGACUUAAAAAUCAUGCUCAAUAGGAUUACGCUGAGGCCCAGUCUAGAUGGUGAGACCAGAGGAAAACUUUCACUGGGCCCGCUGUCCCUGGGCGAGUGGUCAUCAGUCAGGUGCCCAGCCCUUGGUGCACUGAAGCUCAGGCUCUUCCUGUUGCCCUGGUCUCCUGCACUGAGCUGUGUGAGCUCUUCUGCCCAGGUGGGCCCCUGGCCUUGAGCAGCAUAGGUGAGUGGAUCCUGCUGGAGUCAUGGCGCAUGAGCCAGGCCACGGAGGGGCGCUGAGGGUCACCCUUCAGGCCACGAGAGUUUCUUCAGGGAGCCGAACCUAAAUCCCCACCAGGGACGGAUAGUUUCUCCAGGAGAGCAGCUUCCUUGGAAAUCAAUCCCAAGAAGGAUGCCUUCCCUGAAGCCCUGCAGGGGUAAUGGAGGUCUAGGCAGGAGAUGGUUCCUUCAACCCAACACAGUGCAGAUCCUAGCUGAGACUUGGUGCACAGGUCAGGCCUGGAGCACUGCCCAGGCCACAUGAGGGGGUCCGCUGGGUCUCCGGGGGCCAUGAGUCUCAUAUGCGAGCUCUUCUUCCCCGAGGCUUGCAGAGGGGUUGGGUGUGGGUGAUCGGGCUUAUGGAGUCGGGCCAUGAAGAAUCAAGGGUUGGGCCACACCCAUGGCCCUGAAUGGGGCAGACCCUGUUGAGCAAUGGCCAUCCCAGUGGUGCUUCCUUGAGCCUGGUGGGGGUGGUGCCGCCUCAGUGGGGUUGGGUCAAGGUUGAGCUCUGGCCGGCACCUGGUGUUUGGUCCUGGGCAUCGUGGGCUUUGGGCCAAGGGUGCAGCCUGUGUCCCGCUGGAGGUCACCCCUCCCCAAAGUGGAGUGGCUGGAAGGGUGGCAUCCUGUGGUGGAAGGCCCACUGUCAAGGGACCUGUGCUGGCAAUUUGCUGUCCAGGCUGCUUCUGAGACAUGGGGUCACCUCCAGGGUGGCAGGGUCUUGAGCCAAAAGAAAGGAGAAGAUAUCAUGUGUCCCUUGAUUGGCCGAGUGUGGCCUGGCUCUGUGUUUGGGAGGUGCAUGAUGCAUGAAUGGGGACCCACUAGAGAAUGUACAUGGCCCUGGGGCCCCAGGAUGCGAUUUCUGGUGUAGGCUUGUAGAGGGCACCUGGACAGGUGCAUUCCACACCCAGGGGCAGGCUAUGUGCCUGCCAGUUCUGCAGCUGCACAUGGCGUCCAGGCCAGCCUCCUCAGUUUGCCAUGAGCUGGUUGGUGGCCCUGGCCAUGCCCAGUGCUCCCAGUGUGGCCCAGAGUCAUGUGCGGGAGUUGGCGUGGGAAGUGGAGGUGCCCAGGGUCAUUCAGUAGGGUGCAGCCUGGACAUCUUGCUGGAAUCCCAUGACCCGCCUACCCUUUCCUUCCAGGGUUGAGUGGCAGAGAGGGCCAGGGGUUCCUUGUGUGCAUAACCGUCACUGUUUUACAUGAAUUCCAUGUAUUGAGUCCAUGGAGGGAGAGCAUCUGUGAGCCAGCACACCCUGCGCACUUUCUUGAAUGGAGGCAUGAGGCCGUGUUUGGACACCUGUCCCCCACCCCUCCAGAUGCUGACCCAGGAAGAAGAAUUGCAUUGGGCCCGCUUGGCCCUGGGCCAUUGUCCCUCAGCCAGGUGCUCAAUCCCUGGUGAGCUGAAGCUCAGGCCCUUCCUGGUGCCCUGGUCUCCUAAACAGAGCUGUGGAUUACGCUGAGGCCCAGCCUAGGUGAGAAUUUUGGAAGAGGAUGCUGGGAUUUUAAGGUCCCUGGCAGGGCCACUGUGUUUUGGAUUGGAGACCUCCAGGCCCUGAACAGCAUCUCGCGGAGUGGGGACUCUACCCUGUCUCUGCAUUUCUAGUGAGCUCUUCAGCCCAGGUGGGCCCCCUGACAUUGAUGCACAUAGUGAGCUCUUCCACCCAGGCAGGGCACCCUCGCAUUGAGUGGCAUAGAUGUUGAGCCUUGAGGAAGACUUGCAUUGGACCCAUUGGCCCCAGGCCAGCGUCUGUCAGCCAGGGGCCCAUCCCCUGGUGCACUGAAGAUGGGGCCCUUCCUGGUGCCCUCGUCUCCUGCAUUGAGCUGUGAUGCUGACCCUGGAGGAAGAAUUGCACUGGGCCCACUGGCCCCGGGCAAAUGUCCCUCAGCCAGGUGCUUAGCCCCUGGUAAGCUGAAGCUCAGGCCCUUCCUGAUGCCCUGGUCUCCUGCACUGAGCUGUGUGAGCUCUUCAGCCCAGGUGGGCUCCCUGACACUGAUGCGCAUAGAUGGUGAGCCUGGAGGAAAACUUGCAUUGGGCCCAAUGGACCCAGGCCAGUGGCCAUCAGCCAGGUGCCCACCCUGGUGUGCUGAAGCUCGGGACCUACCUGUUGUCCUGGUUUCCUACACUGAGCUGAGUGAGCUCUUCAACCCAGGCGGGGCACCCUGGCAUUCACCAGCAUAGACCGUGAAAUGGGAGGAAGAAUUGUGUUGGGCCCAAUGGCCCUGGGCCAGUAUCCGUCAGCCUGGUGUCCAGCCCCUGGUGUGCUGAAGCGCAUGCCCUUCCUGGUGCCCUAGUUUCCUGCACUGAGCUUGUGAGCUCUUUUGCCCAGCAGACUCCCUGGCAUUGAUUGGCAUAGAUGGUGGCCCUGGAGGAGGACUUGUAUUGGGGUCACUGGCCCCACAUCAGUGUCCAUCAGCCCGGCAUCCAGCCCCUGGUGUGCUGAAGCUCAGGCCCUUCCUGUUGCCCUAGUCUCCUGCACUGAGCUUGUGAGCUCUUCUCUCAGGCGGGUCCCCUGGCAUUGACCAGCUUAGAUAGUGAACCUGGAGGAAGACUCUUCUUGGGUCCCCUGGCCCCAAGCUAAAGUCCAUCAGCCAGAUGCCAGACCCUGGUGCACUGAAGCUCGUGCCCUUCCUGGUGCCCUGGUCUCCUUCACUGAGCUGUGUGAGCUCUUUUGCCCAGCAGAAUCCCUGGCAUGGACCGGCAUAGAUGGUGGCCCUGGAGGAGGACUUGUAUUGGGGCCACUGGCCCCAUGUCAGUGUCCGCCAGCCUGGCAUCCAGCCCCUGGAGUGCUGAAGCUCAGGCCCUUCCUGUUGCCCUAGUCUCCUGCACUGAGCUUGUGAGCUCUUCUGCCCAGGUGGUUCCCCUGGUCUUGAUGGGCAUAGGGUUCGGUAGCAGGGAGGGCCAAGGGUCCCCCGCGUCCAUAACAGGGUGAGGCCCUGUUUGGACCCGUCCUCCAGCUAUCUCACCAGAUGGUGAGCCCAGAGGAAGACCCCCUGGCCCUGGGCUAGUAUCCAUCAGCCAGGUCCCCAGCCCCCAGUGUGCUGAAGCUCAGGCCCUUCCCAACGCCCUGGUCUCCUGCACUGAGUGAGCUCUUCUCUCAGGCGGGUCCCCUGGCAUUGACCAGCAUAGAUAGUGAACCUGGAGGAAGACUCUUCUUGGGUCCCCUGGCCCCAAGCCAGUGUCCGUCAGCCAGAUGCCAGAACCCCGUGCACUGAAGCUCGUGCCCUUCCUGGCGCCCUGGUCUCCUGCACUGAGCUGUGUGAGCUCUUUUGCCCAGCAGACUCCCUGGCAUUGAUCGGCAUAGAUGGCAGCCCUGGAGGAGGACUUAUACUGGGGCCGCUGGCCCCACAUCAGUGUCCGUCAUCCCGGCGUCCAGCCCCUGGUGUGCUGAAGCUCAGGCCCUUCCUGUUGCCCUAGUCUCCUGCACUGAGCUUGUGAGCUCUUCUGCUCAGGCGGGUCCCCUGGCAUUGACCAGCAUAGAUGGUGGCCCUGGAGGAGGACUUGUAUUGGGGCCACUGGCCCCACGUCUGUGUUCAUCAGCCCGGCAUCCAGCCCCUGGUGUGCUGAAGCUCAGGCCCUUCCUGUUGCCCUAGUCUCCUGCACUGAGCUUGUGAGCUCUUCUGCCCAGGUGGUUCCCCUGGUCUUGAUGGGCAUAGGGUGAGGCCCUGUUUGGACCCAUCUUCCAGCUAUCUCACCAGAUGGUGAGCCCAGAGGAAGACCCCAUGGCUCUGGGCCAGUGUGCGUCAGCCAGGUCCCCAGCCCCCAGUGUGCUGAAGCUCAGGCCCUUCCCAACGCCCUGGUCUCCUGCACUGAGGUGUGGUGAGCACAUCCGGGUCCCAGUGGAUGCAUGCACAGGGAGGGAUGUGCCCUAGGUUGUGUCGAUGAUGAGAACCUCAUAUUGUCCUGAAGAGAGGUGAUGACUUAAAAAUCAUGCUCAAUAGGAUUACGCUGAGGCCCAGUCUAGGUUAAAAUUUUGGAAGAGGAUGCUGGGAUCCCAAGUUCACAGGCAGGGCCACUGUAUUUUGGACUAGAGAACUCAAGGCCCUAAAGGGCAUCUUGAGGGGGUCCAACCUGUCUCUGUGCUCCUCCGUGAGGCAGCCCUGGCUCCCUGUGUGGCCUUGGUGUUGGCGCUCUGGUUCCCGGGCGUGGCAUGUGGGCACCUCCUUCCAGAGCCCCCAUUCUCCCCUGUGUCUUUCAGUGAGCUCUUCCGCCCAUUUGGGCCCCCUGACAUUGACCGGCAUAGGUGAGUGGAUCCUCUUUGGGUCAUGGGUCAUGAGCGAGGCAAAGUGGGGUCACCAUGCAUCUGCCUUCGGGCCAUGAGAGUUUCCUAAAAGUGUGGACCUGAAUUCCCACCGGGGAUGAGUUAUCCAGAAGGGCCACUUCCUUGGGAAUCGGACCCAAGAAGGACGCCUGUCCUGAAGCCCAGCAGGGGUGGUGGUGGUCCAGGCAGGAAAGGGUUCAUUCGACACCAAGCAGGCAGCUCCCAUCUGAGACUUGGUGCAUCGGUCAGGCCUUGAGGACUGCCCAGGACACAUGAGGUGGCCACAGGGGCUCCGGGGCGCUACGGGGGGUCUACAGAGAGGGGUAGGCGAUUGGGUCCUUGGGGGUCAUGCCAUGGAGUUUCAAGGACACCCAUGGCCCUGAAUGGGACUGACCCUGUUGAGCAAUGGGCCAUCCCAAUGGCACCUCCUUGAGUCUGACGGUGGGUGGUGCUGUUUCCCUGGGGCUAGGUCAAGGCUGAGCUCUGGCCAGUGCCUGUGGUGCUGCAGGCUGGCCCUAGAACUCAUGGGCUUUGGGCCAU